AUGCAAGACACUAACUUCUAUUCCCUUUUAGUCUACAGAAAAGGGGAAAAAACACCAGACUCGAGCGUUGUCUUUCAGGCAGAAAUAGAACGGCAUUUAACAACACUUAAACCCGACACAUCUAUACCACCCGACUUUCGCGAACCAACGCCCGGUCAACUCACACAAAAACAACUUGAAAUGCACUUCCCAAAAAUUCCAGAUAAAAUCGAGUUUGACACCCUCGACCACCUCAUCAGCUUUUCUUGUACCUCUCCCGAUUUAUUCAGAGACUUCAUUUGGGGGCAUCGACUCUUUGCAACAACGCAGGAAGUCUUGUUCCAAUAUUUGCAACGACUUGAAAUAGCCGUCUCAAUUAAUUGCCAACUUUCAACUAUAGUGCGAGCGCGUGUCGUUAGUAUACUUUCAUAUUGGGCAAACACUAUUUUCCCAUUGUUGCCGGAAGAAGAAAAGAAUCAAGCGUUAAACACUUUAAAUAUUUUCAUCGACCGGAUGACCAAAUAUGGAAUGAAGAAACAGGCGUUGUUGCUCAAGUCGCAAAUCUGUAAGGAGAAGUUUGUGUUUUCGAUGGCGGAGAAUGAGAUCCACGACGACAACUUGUUACCUUUCCCAUUUUUGUUGGAUGGUACCAAACCAACCUUUCUCGACAUCCCACCAGUCACAUUUGCGAAACAAAUCACGUUGAUAUCAUCACAGUAUUUUAGAGGAAUUGAACUGUUUGAAUUGUUCCUUUGGAACACAAGCAAAGAGAAGUGCCAAGCACUUUCUAAGUGUGUGAAGACGUUUAACGAGUUGCAAACAUUCUUUUCGAAUUUGGUUCUUUCGGAGUUCGACUUGAAGAAGCGAAUUCGCAUUAUAGAACACAUCGUCGAUAUCGCGUAUGAGUCGUAUUUGAUACAAAAUUUUGAUGUUGUGGUUUGUGUAACAACCCUCUUUUCGACUUCUGCGAUUCAUCGACUUAAAAAGACGUUUGAGGGACUUAAGACGCGGUCACAAGAAAUUGUACAGAAACUCGAGUUUUUUGCAUCACCGGAGAACAACUGGUCUUCGUAUAGAAAGCGACUCGAUGAAGCUAAACACACUCCAUGCGUGCCGUACAUUGGACUGUUUUUGUCGGAUAUGCUCUUCACAAACGAUGGCAAUAAAACACAGACGGCAGACAAACUGAUCAAUUUUGUUAAGUGCCAAAAACUCUCUGCAAUAGCACAAAACGUCUCAACGUUCCAACAGCGGUUAUAUUGUUUUAAACAAGACGAGAUGAUCAGCGGGUUUAUUAAAGAUCUGCUUGGGAAGGGACAUAGUGAAAGUGACGUUGUUAUGUUUGACCGUUCUCGAAGUAUAGAAGCGCCUGCGGGGAAAGAGAAAUAUGUGUUAGUAGGGAGUGAAGACGAGAAAGAAGUACCCCAAGACUAUAUUGAAAUUCGGUGUUAUUUAGCACACAAAAGACGCACAUAUAAGUGUAUGGGACCGUUACCAUUAAAAGAGUUAAUGGUCCGGGAGUUUGGAUUGAGUGAGAAAGAUAUAGAAAGCAGCAAGAUAGUUGUAGUGAAUAAGAAUGAAGUUGAAGUGAUUAGUGUGAAAGAGAGUAUUGAAAACAUCAAACGGAAAUAUAUCAGUCGAGAUGGAAAGGGGAUAGUUACUAUGUAUAGACAAAGCCAAAGUGUUAUGUUUAAAAUAGGGAAGAAGGAAAUAGGGUUACCCAUUGAUAUUAGUAUGACGAUGAAUCAACUCAAAACCGUGUUGCGAGUGUUAUUAGACGUUCAAGUGGAACAUGUCUUUGUGCAUUUAGUCAAAAAGAAGCCGGACAGCUUUGUGAACAUGGACAUUCCUUUAAAUAACUACGUGAUGGAUUCAUUUUCAAUGAUCUUGAUGAUACCAAUCACUUCAUUUACUAGAAAUGUGAAAGACUCGUUUUUGGAUUCUUCAUAUUUCUAUCGAUAUAACACAAACUCAAACAAAGGGAAAAUUUGCUUGAUCCACGCACACCCAUUUUUUAUUAUCAAAUUCAUCGAAGAGAAUAAAAGAGUGAAGAUCAUCCCUAACAACGACGCGGAAAUGGUUUAUCUUCCAAUGGCAGACGAAAUCCAUUUCUUCGCAGAAAACACGGAAUUCACGAAAACAUGUCCUUUGAUCAUCACAGGAAGUUCAGAACUCAUCCACCAACUCAUUUCAUUGUAUCAUGGAAAGAACGAAAUUUCAGGCGUUUCAGUGGAAUAUUUGAAAGCGGAAAUGUACGGCCUCCACCCACUUUUUUACGCAAUUUGCAACGCUUUGUAUUACAACCCUAAUUUUUUUAACGACACUUUUUUCUCGUCGUUUGACAUGGAGGCCGCCGCUAAAAUACUUGAGCAAUGCGAGACAGGGGAGGAAGUCGACCUGAAGAGUCAAGAGAGUGGUGUGUUAGUUGGGAUGCUUUAUUUAUAUUUGUCGACAUUGGACAAACCGUUGUUUGGGGUGUUAUCUGGUGAUUUUUUAUCAUUGAGAAAUACCCGUCUGGACGACGAAAAUUUAGAAAAGAUAUCGAAGAAGUUGAUUGGCGCUAUUGAUGGUACGAUGGCACUUUCGAUAUUACGAACCCUCCUUGCCUUAUUCAGUUCAUGGACAAAAUUCAACCCAUACAACUUGACACUGCUCGCGCACUUCUCGAAGUUUUUUGUGACGCAAAUAGGCCCAGACAGUCAAUUAAAACUUUUCAUAUACUUGGUACAACACUUCGACGAAUUUGAUAUUCAGCCAGUGUUCCCAGCUAUGUUCCCAUCACUGUCCCCACAUCCAUUGUCUGUUGACUAUGUCAUUCGGUCGUUGUUUGACGACGUGGAGUACUCUCCUGAGUCAAAAAUGGUUGUGAGCGAAAUGGUGAGGACGUCAACAAAGUCAAUUCCAGUCAUGCCGACACACGACAGGUCAGAGAGAGGAAAGUCGGGUAUUAUGAUUGGGAAGAAAAAGUGCCAGACUCCUCAGCUUGUGUCUGGUUCUGGUUUGUAA